CUUUUCGCUGAGGCGUUGAGGUGGUGUUCUGGCGCCGCGACGGCGGUGUUUCGCUGACGCGUUGAGUGGUGCUCUUCCGCCGCGACAGCGGAGAUUCCAAAAACCUCUCUCUCACACACAGCAAAAAACUACUGCCCGCGAGGCGACAGCUGUUGAUCUUGCUGCGGCAGGAUUGUACUGACAGAGUGGUGCUCUGGUAGAGAGCUGCUGCCGCGCUCACGCGCGCUGGCGGCCGGAGCUCCCGUGCUCUCACAGACUGCCAGAGAGCUGCUGAGGACUGGCGCGUAAUUGGCGUCGAGCAUACGCAAGCGCUCGCCGGCGUGUCGCGACCUACGACGGAAAACCAAAAUCAGCAACAAAGUGAUCGAUGCUGCGCGUCGCGUCCCGCAGCAGGCUCCUGGCCGGCGGCACAUCAUCGCUGCGCAUCCGCGUACCGCACCGAGGCGUGCUCAGCCAGGCUGCCAACAAGCGCCUCGACGAGCUGGCCACGCGCCACGAGGAGCUCUCCAAGAAGGUGCAGGCGGGACACGACGCGAACGCGAUGCGCGAGCUGCACGGCCUCGACGACGUGCUCGAGCGGCGCCGCGCGCUCGCCGCGGCGACGAGCGAGCUCGACGAUUUGCGAGAACUCCUCGACGACGUCGACGCCGACAUCCGCGCCGAGGCGGAGCGGGAGCUGGACAAGGUGAAGGCGACCGUAGAGACGCUCGAAGCGGCCCUCAAGGCCAAGCUCGCGCCGGGCGACGCGACGGACGCGGCGGCGUCGUGCCUCGUGGAGAUCCGCGCGGCCGCCGGCGGCGACGAGGCCUCGGUCUUCGCCAAGGACCUGUUGGGCAUGUACGAGAAGUACUGCCAAGCGAAAGGCUGGCGCUUCGCGGCGCACGACGUCAGGAGGACGGAGUUCGGCGGCGUCGCGAGCGCCAUGGCUGAGGUGACGGGAGAGGGCUGCUACGCGGCCUUGCGCUUCGAGAGCGGCGUCCACCGCGUCCAGCGCGUGCCGACGAACGACGUUAGGAUUCACACGUCGACGGCGUCGGUCGUCGUCCUACCCGGUGUCGACCAGAUCGAGUUCACGCUAGAUGAAAACGACGUGCGCAUCGACACGUUCCGCGCGUCCGGCGCCGGCGGCCAGCACGUCAACACGACGAACUCCGCCGUGCGCGCGACGCACCUCCCCACGAACACCGUGGUCUCGAUCCAGGACGAGCGGAGCCAGCACCGCAACAAGGCCAAGGCGCUGGAGCUGUUGGCGCGGCGCGUCGGCGGCGCGCUCGCGCAGCGCCGGGCGGCCGAGGAGUCGGCGCAACGACUCUCGUUGCGCGGCUCGGGCGACCGGAGCGAGCGCAUCCGGACAUAUAACGCUCCGCACGAUCGGGUCACCGAUCACCGCUGCCAAGUGACGAGUCCCGGCGUGCCGCGCGUGCUCGGCGGUGAGAUCGAGGUGUUCGUCGACGCGCUGAUCCAGCUCGACGCCGACGAGCGCGUCGCCGCGUUCGAGGCGUCGUCUUAG